AUGUCCAACAAAAAGAACGAAGAUAUCGAGAUGCGGGCCGUGGAUGGCGGUAACGAGUUCGCGGCCGAGAAAGACCCCUUCCUCGGCCGGAGUUCUCCCAUACCAUCUCGCUCUCGUGGCGGUAGCCAACCCCCGGUUUCGAUCGACAAGAUCACCAACAGCCCGCUCGCGUCUAUCUUGGCCUACUGCCUGUCGUCUAUCAGCAUGACGGUUGUGAACAAAUACGUCGUGUCCGGGUCGGCGUGGAACUUGAAUUUCUUCUAUCUUGCUGUUCAGUCGCUUGUUUGCACUACUGCGAUUCUCCUUUGCAAGCACACCGGGCUCUUGAAGAACCUGGCGCCAUUUGACUCGACCAAAGCCAAGAGAUGGUUCCCCGUUUCUCUCCUCCUCGUCGGCAUGAUUUACACCGGCGCCAAGGCGCUCCAGUACCUCUCGGUCCCGGUAUACACGAUCUUCAAGAACUUGACCAUCAUUGUGAUCGCUUACGGCGAGGUCCUCUGGUUCGGCGGUAGUGUGACCCCGCUCGCGCUUCUCUCGUUCGGCCUGAUGGUGCUGAGCUCUGUGGUCGCUGCGUGGGCUGAUAUCCAGGCCGCUAUCGAUGGCGCCCACUCUGCUGAGACUUCGGCUGCCCUUGCGACCUUGAACACUGGAUAUGCGUGGAUGGGCAUGAACGUCGUCUGUACCUCGUCGUACAUUCUCGGCAUGCGCAAGGUCAUCAAGAAGAUGAACUUCAAGGACUACGACUCCAUGUUCUACAACAACCUCCUCACCGUUCCCGUGCUCGUCGUCUGCUCCCUUUUGGUCGAGGACUGGUCGUCCGAAAACCUGGCCCGCAACUUCCCCGAGGAGACCCGCAACAAGCUGAUGAUUGGCAUGAUCUACUCGGGUCUGGCCGCCAUCUUCAUCUCAUACUGCUCGGCCUGGUGUAUCCGCGUGACCUCGUCGACGACUUACUCGAUGGUCGGCGCCCUCAACAAGCUCCCGAUCGCCGUCAGCGGGCUCAUCUUCUUCGACGCGCCCAUCACUUUCGGCAGUGUCAGCGCCAUCUUCAUCGGCUUCGUCAGCGGUCUCGUCUUCGCCUGGGCCAAGGUCCGCCAAAAGGCCCAGGAGGCCGGCAUCCUGCCCACCAGCAACAAGCCCACGAUGAGCGCCAGCGCACAGAGCAACCGGGACGCCAACUCUUGA